AUGUCCAUCCGGGCCAACGGGCCAGUAUCGCGUCGUCAACCUCACGAUGGCACAGUUGCACAUGCGACAGACAAGGCCAGGAUUGUACUGUGGGCUGCGGAAUCAACCGGGACCAUGACUGUGGCCGUGCCUGAAAAUGCCCGCAUGGCCAAUCCGCUUUGGGCCUGCGUCAUCGCCGCUCAUUGGAACAGCCGGCACUGGUCCUGUUUGGAUUGGCUUGGAUUGGGCCUCAUCGUGAUCCAUUAA